AUGGAUCGAAAACAGGACACUUUUUCCGUGCAGAUGGGCGAGGAAGGUGGCAAUCGAGGAAAUCCCAAGAGAAGAAGUCGGAGGGUAGAGAAUAUUCAUAAGAAUGUUUCUAGGUGGAUGCUUCCCGAGGAGUUACGGGAGACGUAUUUGGAGCGCGCGAACUGCUGUCCGCCACCUAUCUUCAUCAUCCUUGUCAGUUUAGCGGAGUCACAGCUGGUUCAAAUACUACCUACAGAGGAAAACUUCUUGCUAUUUUUCAGGCAACAGCUGAAAUCCUGUGCAGAAUUUAUGGAGGCUUGGAGAAAUUAUGAUGCUGAUCACAGUGGAUACAUCGAAGCUGACGAACUCAAGAAUUUUUUAAAAGACCUGCUUCAGAGGGCUAAAAAACCAUAUGAUGAGAAGAAACUAGAGGAGUACACACUAACUACGCUGAAAAUAUUUGAUUCUAAUAAAGAUGGGAAAUUGUGUCUGUCAGAAAUGGCACGGCUUUUACCGGACCAGGAGAAUUUUUUACUAAAAUUUCAGGGGGUAAAAAUGGCCAGAAAAGAGUUCAACAAGAUCUUUGAAGUUCUCUCCCAGGACAGGAAUGGUUACAUGGACGAAAAUGAGCUUGACGCCCUCCUUAAAGACCUUUGUGAAAAAAAUAACAAGGUUCUUGAAGUCAGCAAAAUCCCGACGUAUAAGAGCGCCAUCAUGGCUCUGUCUGAUGGAGGCAAGCUCUACAGAACAGAGUUAGCGCUGGUGUUGUGCGCAGAGGAGAUGUGAACGGCUCCGUCUGUACUCACACCAUCCCAGAACCCCGUCCUCAGCACACCUGUGAUGCGUAAAGUAGCUAGAACCCUCUUACGUUCUUUCAUUUUGAAUAUGUAUUUCACAUAGAAAGGCAACCCAGUGGUACAUACUUUUCAAUUUGUUGUUUCUAUACUGUUUCUAAGUGUACAGAUUUUUUUAACAAUGGCACACAUACGAUACUUACAAGCUACACUCCAUACACAAACACAAUUCCUUCAACAAAAGAAGAAACCCUAACAUACUACCGUAUCCCCAUCUCAAUUCAAUACCAAAAUACCUAUUCAGUAAGUAUUGAAUAUCAUAGACAAAAGCAAUAAUGUCCUCAAAGAAUGCUUUUGGUGGGAUCGAUCGUAUAAAACUCCAAAAGACUGCAUUUACUUUUGCGAUGCAUGUUUGUAGCUGACGGCAGGCCCUGCUAGUGGGGUAUUUUUGACUGCAAGCACAUGCCAAAUGUAAUGCAUCGCCCCAGUCCUGUCUCUAAUGUUAGAUUUUGCACUGUAAAAAAGGACAUUCUCCUCUAUGCUAAACACCACAGACACUGUGUAAGAAAAUAUUAAACUUCUUGAAUGAUUACCCACA